AUGGAGCCCCUCCAGCCCGCCCACCAUGAGCACCCGCCGGCCGGGGCCGGCGACGCGGCGGCCUUCGUGCUCUCCUGCUUGCCCCAACCCGACACCGCGGCCGGCGAUGCUGCCGCCUUCGUCGACGCCGCCACGGGCGGUAGCCUCUCUUUCGUCGCCCUCCGCCGGGCCGCUCUCUCCCUCGCCUCCGGCCUCCGUCUCGGCCUCGGCCUCCAGCGCGGGGACGCCGUUCUGAUCCUCUCGCCCAACUCGCUCCUGCUCCCGCAAAUAGUUCUCGGCGUCCUCGCGGCCGGUGGAGUGGUGGCCACCGCCGACCCGGACGCCACGGCCGCCGAGAUAGCCGCUGCGGCGCACAGCUCGGGCGCGGUGAUUAUUGUUGCCACGCAGGAGGUGGUUAGCAAGGUCGCCGGCAUCGGCGUACCGCUGCUGCUGACGUCGCGAUCGCUGGAUCCCCGGACGCUCUCGGCAGAGGAGCUGAUCGACGGUAGUGACCCAACGGCGCUGGCUGACCUUAAGGUGGCCGCGGAGCGGCCACGCCCGUCAGACGUAGCUUUCGUGGCCUGCUCGUCGGCGAGCAGGACGGUGGCGAUGACGCACGCCGAACUCGUCGCCGCCUUGACUGAAGCUGGCUUGCCGGGCGAGGACCGGGUUUGCCUGGCGUCUCUUCCGAUCUGCAGCGCCCACGGCUUGCCGCUGGUCGCCCUCGGGCUUCCUGCUGCCGGAGUGACCACGGUGCUCAUGUCGCUGUCAUCUGAUCCACGGGCUGCGAGCGAGGCGGUGGCCGCGCACAUCGCCACCGACGUCGUGGCAACGCCUGAGGUAGCAGUAGCGCUUGCAGCACCCAUAGCACAAGAUGGGAAGCUCUCCAUGCUAAGGAGGGUGACCGUGGCGCCGGUGCCACUCGCUCCGGAGGCACGGCAGGACUUCCACAGGAGGCUGCCGUGGGUCGAGCUGAUGGAAACGGAGCCAGCUUCAGAGCAGGUGCAGGUGGCUCAUGCAGAGAUGGGAGCUCGGGUGCUCACACAACCCGACGCUGCAGUGAUACAGUAA